AAGGUUAGAUUAUUACUAUGAACAUGUGUGUUUUACGCAAUAUAUUACGCUAAACAUCCUUUUAAUUAUAAUUUUAUAAUUUCUUAUCUGAUCAUACGAUUGCAUUCAACAUUUAAAUACAGAUAAAAAAUAUGGCAAAGAAUUUAAGUGCAAAAAUUGGCCCGUCGAUUUUAAAUGCCGACUUGGCACAACUUCAUGAAGAAUCGCAAAAGUUGCUCGACAAUGGUGCAGAUUAUUUGCAUUUAGAUGUGAUGGAUGGUCAUUUUGUUCCGAAUCUGACCUUCGGUCAUCCAAUCGUCAAAUGUCUUCGUAGUAAAAUAAAGGAUGCUUUCUUUGAAACGCAUAUGAUGGUGUCUAAUCCAGAGCAGUGGAUUGAGCCUAUGGCUGAUGCUAGUGUAGAUCAAUAUACAUUCCAUGUUGAGCCAGUAGAAGAUGUUCCUCUGGUUUGCAGAAAAAUAAAAGAAGCAGGGAUGAAGGUUGGUGUGGCACUUAAACCAGGAACACCUGUGGAUGUUGUAUCAGAUUAUGUGGAUCUGGCAGAUAUGAUUUUAAUAAUGACAGUAGAACCUGGCUUUGGUGGCCAGAAAUUUAUGGAACCAAUGUUACAGAAAGUAGCAUGGUUAAGGGAGAAUUAUCCUGGACUAGAUAUUGAAGUAGAUGGUGGAGUUGGACCAGCUACAAUUGAAGCUUGUGCAAAGGCUGGUGCUAAUAUGAUUGUGUCUGGCACAGCAGUCAUAAAUUCUACUGAUCAAGCUAAAGUGAUUACAACUCUUAAAGACACAGUAAAUUGUUACUUGGGACGCAGUUGUUCAAAAUAGAAAUAAUAAUUACAAAUAUUGUACAAGUGCACAGAGCAUUUAUAAGAAAACAGUGAUACAUCUGAAAUUUUUGCAAAAAAAUAGAUAUGUAUAAAGAU